AUGAGGGCCCCGGACCAGCAAAGGCAGAACCGGCAUCUCCAAGAGACCAAGCGUUGGACUGAAGAAAAGAAUCAAAAGCCUUCUUGGAAACAUGAUUGCAGAGAGCCUUCUUCCACAUUCCCAAUUCUAUUUUCUAUUUCAGUUGCUGCCAAGCUGUGCCUCCUGGCUUCCGUGGCCCUUUUGAUCUCCCUGGAAAACCACGAUGUGGACGGCGCGCCACGGAGGACCUGUUACCUCCCAAAAACUCCGGAGAACCGCGCCGCCUUCCGGACAAUCCGGAACAAAUACGAGGAUCUGAGGUUUGAUGGAGUGGAGCCCUGGCAGAAUUGCUCCGAAAAGUAUCUCCAGCUGCCCAAAAUGGACAAUCUGACAAAAUGGGAGAAGAUGGGAGCCAUGGAGCUUCAGUUGAACCUCUUCAUCCCCGUUCUACAAAACCAGAGCGAGACCACUUUCGCCAAAGCCACCUCCGAGGUGCUGGAGUUCUUGCUGCCUUACAGAGAGGACCUCAAAGUCUGUAUGCAACAUAGACCUUCCCACCAUCAAGAGUCUGGCUAUUUGCAGGGAUUCAAGGACGGGCUGCAGCAAUUUAAUACCAGCAACACUGAGCAAUCUCCAAAAUGCCUCGAGGCCGCAGUGGGAAUGAAUAUCCUCAGCCUGCUCCAGGAGAUCAAAGGCAUCAGCCUCCACCAUCAUCAUCAACCUCGCCAUCAUUCUAACAACUGAGGCCUAUUCGUACAUUCCAAAGACCAAAAGACCCAUCCUGCUCCUUGCUGCAUCAACCAAGAGCAGGAAACUCCAUCGAGAAACUAUUUUUGACAGUCAACAUAUUCCCAAA